UGUUGUCUUCGAAAUCUAAUACAUUCAACGUGCCUAAAAUUUCCCUUCGUCACGUACGAGUGUAAAAAUUGAUUCUCAAAUGGUAACCAUAGCUUCAUUACACUUUUGGUGUUUGAUAAUUCGCUAUAAUAUUUAAGUGUUGGAAUUAAUAGAGUUUGUGGCUCAUUUAUCACAGAAAGUUUUUGGUAGAAGGGGUGUUUGGAAUUUACGAAAUUAAUUUUCGUUUUAUUAACUCGGGAGAAAUACUUUUGAAUAAAUUUGAUUGAGUAGAGUAGUGUAGUUUUGUGAAAACUUGAAGGAAAAAUCAAUUUACUUAAAAAAUGACAAAAGUCAGAGAUAUAUUGGGACCAGAUCGUGAUUCAGAAUUCCUGCAAAGUUUUGUCCGAGUGGGUUUGAAAGCUGACGAAGAGGGAGAUACUCCUUAUAAGUCUGUCUAUACACAACAAAAACCUGAUUUAACUAAACAAAUAUCAGAAGGUAGAUCAGAGGGAAGUGACAAAACUCCUAAUAGACGAGCGAAAAAUGUGGACUGGUUUCAAGGCACUUCGAUGGGAUUCGAUAAUAAAACGAAAAAGAAGAGGAAAGAGUAUUUGGACGAGAUUUAUACUGAUAAGGAUCGUGCUGCUGCAGUUAGCUUGGGUAGCUACGACAUAAAGCAAAGUCUAAUAACUAAACGCCGACAAGAUCGUACCGAGGCACUUCAAAUUCCCGAUGAAGCAGAGCCUGGAGCUCUUUUCGAGCUCGGUCUAAAAGAGUAUAAAAACGGGAACACGGAAAUUGCUAUUGUUUUCAUUUCCAAGGCAAUUAAAUCAAUCUGAAUUCGUUGAAUUCAUUCUAACGUGCCAAAUUACCGCAGAUUAUUGAUUUUCAUUUCACUUUGU